AUGAAUACCCUAUAUCUAAAAACUUAUUAUCAUCGAGAUUCUACAUUUCUAACUUCUGAACAAAUAGAAACAAUUAGAACACUCAAAGGCAAGAUGAUAUACUCUCGAUCAACUCGAGCACAAAGUACUAUUUCUUCUGAUAUAUUACCUGAAAAUUCCAACCAAAUUGACACUACCACGCCAGCUUAUGCCGAAAGAGAGAUUUUACAUCUGGAAUCUACUACUUCCUCCGAUAAAGAAAUAAAAAAGAGAAGUUCCAAAUCUCGGUCUAAAUCUGCUCACAUAUCUGAUCUAAUACCUAGCAGUAGCUCAAUAUUAGUUAAUAAUGAAAAUCCAACAGAAAAAAUAAGUGGGAGCUCUAGGAAUGGUGAUUUUCCUAUUGAUAUAAUUAAUCAGAUUGAACGAGAAAAUAAAAGAAAAGAUAAAAACUUAGCUAAUAGUACUCGCAUAAAAUCUACUACCUAA